GAAGAAAGUCGCAGAAACAAUGAUAUGGAUCUAAAUCUUGCUACUCAAUCUGCAAACAUGAUUGAUGACACCAGUUCGACGGAUGAAAGUGAGUCACUUGUUAUUGGAAAUGAAACAAUUGAAAUAGAGCCACAAAUACCAAACAUUGGAUAUGUUCAGGUAAACAAUUCAAGUGAUGUCACUUUUGGUAACAGAAUCAACUAUCAUGGACCAGUUACCAUUCAUGUGACCAAUCAAAAUCAAAGUCAAGUAACCAAUAAUAUUGCAAGGCAACAUGUUGAAAUUUUAAAUCGACCAGUAUUUACAACGGAAACGGCUGGACCAUUGCGUAUUGUUAAACGAAAUGAAUGGUUUGCAUUACCACCGCAAAGAGAACUGGAACGCUUGGAGUUGCCCGCAAUUCGAGUAAUCAUUGCAUAUACAAUGGGAAAGUGUGCUACCACUCAUAGAGAGUGCUCCGAAAUCGUUCGAUCUUUCCAAGCCGAUCAUAUUGAAAUGAAAGGUUGGGAUGAUAUUGGCUACAAUUUCCUAAUUGGUGGUGAUGGUUCCGUUUAUGUGGGUCGAGGAUGGGAUUACACAGGUGCGCACAGUCGCAUUUAUAAUAAAAGAAGCAUUUGUAUUGCAUUCAUUGGUACUUUUCGUGAAAAUGCGCCGCCCGAACGUUCUUUGAUUGCAGCGCAGCAAUUAAUUGAAGUUGGUGUGAAAUUGGGCAAAAUUGAUAAAAGUUAUUAUCUAUACGGACAUCGACAAUUGAUUCAAACAACAAGUCCUGGCAAUAAAAUCUACGAAAUCAUACAAACAUGGAAUAAUUGGUCAGAGACUGUUAUUCCACCCUAAUCCCACCAAACG